AACAUGUUUCUCCCUGUUAAAUGGGUUUUUUGGGAGGUUUUCCUUUUUCAAAGUGAAGAUCUUAGGACAGGGAAUGUUCAACAGAGUGGUUCAACUUGAACAAAGUAUUUGUGUUCAUCCUGAAGUUUUAUUACACCAUUUCCAGAAGAAAAAGGAGAUACUGGAGGGCCAGACUGGGAUGAAGUAGGAACCUACAUAGGCAUAUAAGCAAAGGGAAUUACUGCUGAAUUACUACUGAAAUUAGCCAAGUGCAAAAAGGAAGAGAGAAGACUGCCUGGACUGUCUUGACUACUUUGUUUGCUGUAGCUGCCCUGACAGCUAAGAGGAGAAAAGACCCGAACACACAGCACAGCAUUGCAGCAUCUAAUAAAAAGCAGAAAAACCUCAAGUCACUCUGGGAUUUGACUUGAUUCUACAAGAUAUGGACGGAAACAAUCAGCAGGUGCAGUCUGGUCCUUCACAUGGCGCAGAAAUCCUGGACUGUUAUGACUACUUCAUGGCUGUAGCUGCCCUGACAGCUAAGAGGAGCAAAGACCCAAGCACAAAGGUGGGGGCCUGUAUCGUGAACCAUGAGAAUAAGAUAGUCGGUACUGGUCACAAUAAAAUGCCCAAUGGCUGCGAUGACGACUUUUCAUGGGAACGAGAAGGAGACAGACUGGACACUAAGUACCCUUAUGUGUGCCAUGCAGAGCUGAAUGCAUUAAUGAACAAGAACAGUGCUGAUGUGAGGGGCUGCACCAUCUAUGUGACUCUGUUCCCCUGCAACGAGUGUACCAAGCUCAUCAUCCAGGGAGGUAUCGAGAAGGUGGUCUAUCUUUCUGAUAAGUAUCAUGACGACAAGAUGACAGUCGCUUCCAGGAAGAUGCUUGACUCGGCCAAAAUACCAUACGAGCGAUUCAAGCCCAAGGGGACUAGCAUCAUUGAUAUUGAUAUCACUGAAGUCUUACCAAACAGUGAGACCAACUGAAAAUGCAAAGGAAGUGGGGAGGCAGAGGGAGACUGACAAGAUAGAAAGAGACUUUGAUGCCUCUUUUCUUGUCCUCUUGCCCCCUGCUUUGUCCAAAGGAAAAUUUGAGGAACCUCGACUUUGGCGUCUUUUGAUAUUUUGAUUAAUCAGAUAUUCAUAAUAGUUUAAUCUGAGGCUUCGCCCAAUGUGGCAGACUGUGGUGGAAGGUCUUUCUAUGCUUCUUUCACUUUAUUUUAUUUUAAAACUUCUUUGGGUUCAGGAAUAUGAAAGAAUUAUGCAUACACUGUCUUGAGUGUUUGAUUUUAAGAUCUUUUGUGAUGUCAAUUAGAUCUUCUCAUAUCUGUCUGCAAAGGGGAAAACCUGACUUUCUUUUGAGCUGUGAAUGUGCGUACCAAACGACCAAUCAGUGAUCCUCAUUGUUUGGGGAACCACUUUGUUUUGGCUCUAAAUGAUUUAACUUGACGUUUUUGAAAUUAGAGGUAGAUUUAAAUGCAUGUUGAUGAAAUGAUAGUGGAUUGAAAAAUAAUAAAAAUUGAAGCUAAGGUUAAGUGUAGUUUGACAGAUAUGCAAAUUCUCAUGUGAUGCUUUAGCCACUUUCCAUUAAAAUAACUGCCAACACUGCUCUGAUCAGUUAUGGGUUUCUUCAGUUUCUUUCAGGGGACACAAUAUUUAUAUAUGUGUACCAGUACACUGCAGAAUAUGGCUUGACUCCCUCAGGUGACAUAUAGGUGACGUCAUCAGUAACAAAUACCGAAUAUGUUUUAAAAAUUCUUUAUGAGAAUGACUGGCAGCGGCUGGAUCCGAAGACUACAGAUUAGAAUCUUUACAUAUCACACACAUAUGAUUUUAUCUGCUGCUCGUCAACACUAACUGACCCAGACUGCGACAGACUGGCUCCAACUCUCAUUUUCUCAUCAGCCAUCACACCCAAGUCUAAUUCGUCUCAGCAGUCACAAUGUGUGUUCCUGACUGUCAUACUGUCUAUCAUGAUGUUAACAACAAGUGGGAAAAACAUCUCAAUUCUGUAAAUGCAUACCAUCAUUCCUUCAACCAUGUCAGCUAUCAG